AUGACGCCACAUGGAAACAGGGACAAAUGUGUUGGUCCUAUUCCUAGCGAACUUGGGAAGUUGAAGUCUCUCACUGAUUUUAAUGUGAACAACAAUCAAAUUAGUGGUUCUAUUCCUCCAAAGUUUGGAAAUUUAACUCAACUACAAAGACUUGAUCUGUCUUCAAAUCAUUUGAUUGGUGAGAUCCCAAAGGAGUUUGGGAAAAUGAAAAGAGUGUUGUAUUUGUCAUUGGCUGCCAACCAACUUUUAGGUGGUAUACCUCUAAAGCUUGGAUUUUGUGAACUACUUGAAGUACUUGAUCUAUCUAAAAAUAGAUUGAACAGGUCGAUUCCAGGUUGUAUUGGUCAAUGA